AGGAAUGCGAUGUUAAUUCUGGGGCACUGAUGUUUUACAAUGCCUGAUCAAGACAAAAAGGCGAAGACCACAGAAAAAUCAACUGAUAAAAAACAGCAAGGAAUCACCACCAGGGACUCCUCAGACCUUAAACGACUUUGGUGCCUUUUGAACGUUCAGUCAAGCAAACAACAGCUUCCAGCCAUUAACUUCGAUAGUGCCCAAAAUAGCAUGACGAAGUCUGAGCCCACCAUCAAGGCGGGUGGACACAGAGCUCGAGGUCAGUGGCACGAAUCCACAGAAGCUGUUGAACUUGAGAAUUUUAGUAUAAACUACAAGAAUGAGAGAAAUUUCAGCAAACAUCCCCAGCAUAAACUAUUUCUGGAGAUCUUUACAGCCUUGGUGAAAAAUAGACUCAUAUGCAGGGAGUGGGUUACUCGAGCCCCAUCCAUUCAUUUUCUGAGGGUGUUAAUCUGUCUGAGGUUGCUGAUGAGGGAUCCAUGUUAUCAGGAAAUACUCCAUAGGUUGGGUGGGAUCGAAAACCUGGCUCAGUACAUGGAGGUGGUGGCCAAUGAGUACCUCGGCUACGGAGAAGAGCAGCAUAGUGUGGACAAGCUGGUCAACAUGACGUAUAUUUUCCAAAAACUUGCUGCUGUCAGAGACCAAAGAGAAUGGGUCACCGCAAGUGGAGCCCACAAGACAUUAGUAAAUUUACUUGGUGCCCGGGACACUAAUGUUCUGUUGGGUUCUCUCUUGGCUCUGGCUAGUUUAGCGGAAAGUCCAGAGUGUAGGGAGAAGAUAAGUGAACUCAACGUUGUAGAAAAUCUGUUGAUGAUUUUACAUGAAUACGACUUGCUUUCCAAAAGGCUAACCGCGGAGCUGUUGCGCUUGCUCUGUGCCGAGCCCCAGGUGAAGGCGCAGGUGAAGCUCUACGAGGGGAUCCCCAUCCUGCUCAGCCUGCUGCACUCUGACCACCUGAAGCUGCUCUGGAGCGUUGUCUGGAUUCUGGUCCAGGUGUGUGAGGACCCCGAGGCCAGUGUGGAAAUUCGCAUCUGGGGAGGCAUCAAGCAGCUCCUUCACAUUCUACGAGGAGAUAGAAAUUUUGUCUCUGAUCGUUCCUCCAUUGGAAGCCUGUCUAGUGCAAAUGCCGCAGGCCGAAUCCAGCAGCUGCAUCUCUCAGAAGAUUUAAGCCCUCGGGAAAUACAAGAAAACAUUUUCUCUCUUCAAGCAGCCUGCUGCGCGGCCCUCACUGAACUGGUGCUCAGCGACACCAACGCCCACCAGGUGGUUCAGGAAAAUGGUGUGUAUACAAUAGCAAAAUUAAUUUUACCAAAUAAACAAAAGAACGCCACGAAAACUAAUCUUUUACAGUGUUAUGCUUUCAGAGCCUUGAGGUUUCUCUUCAGUAUGGAAAGAAACAGACCACUCUUUAAAAGACUUUUCCCCACAGACUUGUUUGAGACCUUCAUUGAUAUAGGACAUUAUGUUCGUGAUAUCAGUGCUUAUGAAGGGUUGGUGUCCAAGUUGAAUUUAUUAGUGGAGGACGACCUGAGGCAAAUUGCUGAAAAUAUCGAAAGUGUUAAUCAGAACAAAGCGCCUUCGAAGUAUAUAGGCAACUACGCAAUUCUGGAUCACCUUGGAAGUGGAGCUUUUGGUUGUGUGUACAAGGUUAGGAAGCGUAGUGGUCAAAAUCUUUUGGCAAUGAAGGAGGUCAAUUUGCACAACCCAGCAUUUGGAAAGGAUAAAAAAGAUCGAGACAGCAGUGUGAAGAAUAUUGUUUCAGAAUUAACAAUAAUUAAAGAGCAGCUUUAUCACCCCAAUGUUGUGCGUUAUUACAAAACAUUUCUGGAAAAUGACAGGUUGUACAUAGUUAUGGAGCUUAUAGAAGGAGUCCCACUUGGAGAGCAUUUCAGUUCUUUGAAGGAAAAGCACCAUCAUUUUACUGAAGAAAGACUGUGGAAAAUAUUUAUACAGCUGUGCUUAGCUCUUCGGUACUUACACAAAGAGAAGAGGAUUGUUCACAGAGAUCUGACGCCUAACAACAUUAUGCUGGGGGACAAGGACAAAGUGACAGUCACUGACUUUGGCCUGGCAAAGCAAAAACAAGAAAACAGCAAACUCACAUCUGUUGUUGGAACAAUCCUGUAUUCUUGUGGUUUCAAGAAAAGAUGCAGAGAUUGAUGGCAGGCUAAGGUGUACCUUGAAAGCUACAAACUUAUCUGUAAACUUGACCUCUCAGCAGUAAGACUGACCCUCCCACUACUUGCUACUAGAAGAAUAAAUUUUUUUUGUUUCACUUUGCAUUGUUUUUAAAGAAUAAAUAAUGAAAAUCUGAUCAUAAAA